AUACUGUAGUAGCUAAACAUUAUUGAUGUAGUGUAAAUUAUUGUAUAAUACAUUUAAUCGCUGACACACGAUUUCAUUUAGUUUGUUCUAACAAUCCAUGCAUUCUAAACUAUUCUUUAGUUUUAAUUUCAAACCUAUUCGCAAUUCAGUUAAUAUAAAUUUUUGUUAAAACGCACUUGUGUAAUGACUAUGAAAACUAAAUUAAUGGAAGUGGAGUUCGCACCACUUUUUGUACCAUUAAACCGCAGGCUCGAAACAUUAGCAGCGGCGAUUUGGAUCAGUCUUGUAGUUUUCACAGGAUUUAUAGGAUGUACUAGCUUGUUAUACAUUACAUUAGCCACUAGAUUUUGGUGGAUCAGCAUUUUAUACAUUAUAUGGAUUUUUCUUGAUAGAAAUACCGCAUGCACAGAUAAAAAAAGAUUUUCAUUUAUUCGCAAUUGGACAUUAUGGUCUUACUACAGGCGAUAUUUUCCUGUAUCAUUAGUUAAAACACACGAGCUUAGUAAUAAAAGAUCAUACAUUUUCGCUACUUUUCCUCAUGGUGUGCUUUGCCCUGGAGUAUUCUCAAACUUUGUUACAAAUGCAAGUACAUUUAAUACACUUUUCCCUGGAUUAGAAUCAUACAUUAUAACUCUAAGUCUAUCUUUUUAUCUUCCUUUACAUCGAGAAUUAAGUCUUGGACUGGGUUUUCGAGAGGCAUCUGAAAAGAGUUUAGUAAACUUAUUAAAAGGGAAAAAAGGUAACGCAGUUGUAUUAUUAGUCGGUGGAGUAGCAGAAGCGUUAAAUUCAUACCCCGGUCCAAUUCACUUAGUAGUUAAUAAAAGAAAAGGAUUUGUUCGUAUCGCAUUAAAAACUGGAGCAUCUUUAGUACCUGUAUUUUCAUAUGGAGAAAAUUAUGUCUAUGAAAAGAUAAAACUACAACCAAAUACAAUUAGAGAUAAAAUAUUAAAAAUAUUCACAAUGAAAGAUAUUAAAUUUAUGCCCAAUGGCCGCGGAAUUUUUCAAUAUAGUUUUGGUAUGGUUCCUCGAAGACAUCCGAUUGUAACCGUUGUUGGAAAACCGAUUGAUAUUCCUAAAGUUUCAAAUCCAUCAAAAAAAGAAGUGGAAAAGUACCACAAAAUAUUUGUUGAAGAACUUGUAAAACUCUUUGAAGAACACAAAAUGAAAUACCUAAAAAAUGCUGAAAACGUUAAUUUAGUAUUGGAUGAUGUUGAAUAAUGUGAAAAAUUAUUUACAGAGUGAUCCAUAGAGUUCUGACAAAUUAAUUAAUUUUUUUAUGACAAUUUAUUAACACCUCGUGUAACACCUAUAUAAUCAUAGGCGUAACUAGAAUAAAAUUUUUGAGUAAGCUAAACUUAUAUCUUCACCCUUGGAAACAUUUUACCAAUAAAUAUAGAUUUCUAAAAAAAAUUAGGGGCUAUUUAAUCAGCUGUUUAUCCCUAGAAUUCUUAGUUGCGCCAAUGCAUACAUUUACUGAUUUGUUUUUUGUUGGUAAUUAUUAUUAUUUUGUUGGUUUUAUGGAUGUUUAAUGAGAGUGCUAUCUGAACUAAUUAACACUUUUUAUUUAUGAAAUUAUAAAAAGAAUAAAGAGACAUUUUUUUCAGAAAUUUAACUAUCUAAUAAACUUACAGUUUCCAACAAAAAUAAAAGAUAUUUAUUCUUAUUUUCUACUUGUUAAAAUUUUUAAUUUAAUAUCAAUGUACAAGCACUAAGUAAUAUUUUUCAU